AUGGGAGCUUUCCUCACUUUGUCCACCUCUGCUGCUGUCAUUCUCCUGGUAAUUCGUGGAGGUUUGUGUGUGGAUAUUAUUGGAGGAAAUGAAGUAGCACCACACUCGAGACCAUUUAUGGCCCUAAUCAAUGGAGCAAAAGGAAAACCUGUUUGUGGGGGAGCUUUGAUCAAGGAAAACUGGGUAUUAACAGCUGCCCACUGUAAUGUGGAAAGAUGCAAAGUUAUUCUUGGAGCUCAUUCGCAGACAGCAAAAGAAAAGGAAAAACAAGUUUUUCGGAUUGCAAAACAAAUUCGCUACCCAUGCUACUGUCGCAGUUGUAAGGAAUAUGACAUUAUGCUGCUGCAGCUUCACAAAAGAGCAAAACUUAACAAAGCUGUGCAACUCAUUCCCCUGCCUACCUCAGAUGAUGAUCCCAAACCGGGAACAACUUGCGCAGUAGCAGGAUGGGGACAAACUCACAAUCAACACAGACAGCUUUCUGACACCCUGAGGGAGGUCAAUAUCACUGUCAUCAGUAGGCAAAUCUGCAAUGACAACAAUCACUAUAAAAACAACCCUGUUAUAACAGACAACAUGAUAUGUGCAGGCGCUAAGAAUGGAGGAAAGGACUCAUGUUCUGGGGAUUCUGGCGGACCUUUAAGAUGCAAUAAUGUGAUGAGAGGCAUCACUGCUUUUGGGAAGGCAAACAAGUGUGGUGCUGUUGAUGGCCCUGGGGUCUACACUCGACUCACAACGCAAUACCUUCAGUGGAUAAGGAAAACCAUAGGGGGAGACUAA